UGCUAACUAAGGUUCUUUCACCUUACCUUUUUUUCUUGUUACCAACCCAUCACACACAGCACCAUGGUAUCCAAUAAACCAUCGAACCAGCAGCAGAAAAGGUAGCUGUAAUAGUCAAUACUCGUACAUCAAGGGGAACAACUUCUAACUACUAUAAUAUUCCGUACCAAGUACAUUGAUGACAUUAGACUCACUCCUGAGGUGUCUAUCUGGACACACGUGACGAACACGCACAAUGGUUGGCUGCAGUGUGAACAACGAUAGGCGGCCGAUGCUAGGUCGCGCGGCUGCUCGGUUCUGGGUGCUCUUAGGUUCUCUCGCAGCGUCCCCUGCGUUAUCCUCGGCAUUCUUGGGUCAGGCAUUCUCGCCGUACACAACGAAAGUAGGAGACAUCGUUACGGUGCCUAGUGUACCUUCAAAAUGGUAUCGAAUAACGGGAGGGAUCGGAUCCGAGAGCUGUCUCUUGGAGGCCGUCACAACGGGAGCGCGCGCAGAGUCAGGCGAACAAAUAUUGACCGCAUUUUGCCAGGAACUCCAGCCCGUAAAAGUAAACGGAGCUGAUGCUCACAGUGAAUCCGAGCAGGCGGUACGAUCUUUGCUCCAGCACAACUGGAUUCUAGCAGAGCGAGGCACGGAUCAGAGUAAGACCAGAAAGAAGCCAGUUCUGAAGACUUUACCAACUGUUGGGCAAAAAGCGCAUGAAGCGCAGCUCGAACACAGAAUAGCAGAGCUUUUCACAGUGGCUCAACGGUAUACUCCUGAUGUUCUGCUGAAUAGAUAA